AUGGCACGACGACGUAUUCACCAAGUAUAUGAUUGUUUCAUUAUUCUCAUAGUUGCUGUUGUCUAUGUCACAUUGAUGUCAUUCUACACAAUAAACAUCGGCUCAUAUUCACGGCCAAGGUACCCGCUGGAAGUAGGUCAACCUCGUCCAGUAAAUGGCCGACACGUGUUCGAUUUUCCCGAUUUGAGUGCUUUCACCAUGCCAAAAACAGCUUUAUGUAAUCAAGGAGAAGGAAUGCAUUUACUCGUAGCAGUAUCAUCUUUUCUGCAAAACAUCGAGCAACGAUUAGCAAUCCGUAAAACAUGGGGACAGGCCAUUGGAAAAUACGGUGCAGUUAUAUUUAUGAUUGAACAGUCAAAUGACCAUAUUAAUAUUGAUGAUAUCAUAGAAGAAAGUGUGACGUACCAUGAUAUUAUACUGUUGAAUUUACUAGACGGUAUUGGUAAUACAACCUUAAAAAUAAUUUCCAUGUUUCAGUGGAUAACAAUGUAUUGCAGGAAUGCACAAUAUAUACUUAAAGUUGACGACUCAACUCUAGUACUACCGCACAAUUUAUGGCCAUACAUGGCACAACUACCAUUCAAUAACGUGGCAGCUGGCAGGGUAUUUGUCAACACAAAACAUAAUAGGCAAACUGCAAGCAAAUGGUUUGUUUCCUCUGAGCAAUGGAAUAAAACUACAUAUCCACCUUACAUAGACAGUACGUCGUGUCUGUUUUCUUCCGAUGUCGUUAUUCGUAUUGCUGAAGAGGCAGUUAAAAUUGAACCAUUUCAAUUUGAAGAUGUCUUCAUCGGGAUUGUCUAA